ACGACAAGGUCGACGCUUUGAUUCGUGCACAGCACCAGAUCUCACGUCCACCAUCUUCCACCUCGUAGUCGUAGCAUCCCGGUCACUGCCGUGUGCAGCCUCGCCGUCGUCGCCAUUGCAGCUGCGCGUCCCGCCGCAAAUUCGUUUCUCUUCGCUGCAUCCGCAUCACCGCGCCUCCGCGGUCCUCUAUGCCCGCCGGCGCAUGGCCGGCCGCAGCCGCAGCCACCUCCGCUCCGCUCUCCGCCGCGGUGCGCGCGGCCAUGCGCACGCUCGGCGGCCUCCUCCCCCGCGCCCACCGCCCGCACUCCACCACAGCCACCACCACCACGACGGCCUCAGACGCCGCCGCCUCCUCUUCGUCGUCGCACACCCUCCACGACUACAACCGCCUCCUGGCCGCGUUCGCACGGGACGGUGACGGCGACGCGGCUCUCCGCGUGCUCCGCCGCAUGCUCCUCUCCUCCCCCGCCUGCGCACCCACCGCCGUCUCCUACACCUCCGCCAUGUCCGCGCUCGCCAAGGCCGGACGCCCCGCCGACGCAGCAUCUCUCUUCGACGACAUGCUCGCCAACGGCGUCACCCCGGACCGGGCCGCCUUCUCGCUCCUCCUCCACGUCUACUCCUCGCACCUCCAUCUCCCCGCCGCCGCGCACUCCGUACUCCUCUGGAUGACCCGCCUGGGCCUCCCGCCGACCCCCAUCGACUACACCGACCUCAUCUUCUCCUUCUGCCGCGCCGGCCGCCUGGCCGACGCCCUCCAGCUGCUCGACGAAAUGCGCGCCCUCAAUUACCCACUCACACCACAUACAUUCGCGCCGAUCCUCAAGGCAUUCUGCGAUAAUGCUGACAUCCAAGCAGCCGACGCACUCAUCAGCUCCAUGCGCUGCUCCGGUUGCCUCCCUGAUGUCGUUAUUUACAACAUCUACAUCCAGGGGCUAUGUAAGAUGGGGUAUUUUGAUGCUGUCGAGCAGGUUAUUGAUGAGAGUAGCCGAAAUGGGUGGGUGCCGGAUGCAGUCACAUACAGCACAUACGUUGCUGGACUUUGCCGGUUCGGAUACAUUGAGGAAGCAUUUCGGCAGCUGGAAAUUAUGGUAGCAAAGGGGCUACAGCUGACAGUAGUUGGUCUGAAUAUACUGUUGGACUACGUCGCGCAGGAUCUUGAUAUGUGGGCAGGCAAGGAGGUCCUGGAGCGAUGCCAAGAGCUUGGUUUUGUGGUUGAUGUCGUGACAUACAACACUGUCAUGGAUCAUUUCUCCAAGAAAGGGAAGUGGCUGCGUGUCCUAAAGCUGUUUACGGACCUUCUCAAGAAACCCAUAACACCCAAUGUGCAGACAUACAACAUUUUGAUUUCAUGUCUGUGCCGAGCUGGCAAGUUUCAGUUUGCCAAAUUCAUGUUCAGCAGCAAGGGGUUUGUGGCAGACACUGUUACUUGUAACAUUCUGAUCCAUGAGUUCUAUGAAGCCGGAAAGGAGGGUGAGCUUGGUUUUUUGUUUGCUGAUGUGAAUGCAGGAAAAAUUGCCCCAGAUACCAUCACAUAUAAUACACUGGUCGAUUGUCUCUUUAGGUCCGGGAGGAGGUCGGAGGCUGCCAAUUUUGUCAGGCAUAUCGAUGAUGGCUACCCUACGGAGCCUGUUGCCCAUUUGACGUAUUGGUUAGUUAGGAGUGGAAAUACACAUGAGGCGUUGAGGCUGUUUGAUGAUAUCCAAAUAAAAGGACUGGUUCUGGAUAGUAAGAUUUUUGCUAAUGUGAUCAAGGCUUUCUGCAGAAAGGGUCCAGUAGAAUGUUCAGAUAUGUCACAAUUAUGCUCUGUAUUGGAUAGGAUGCUUGGGAUUGGAUAAUCUUUUCUGUUGCAUGGGUUUAUAACUUGGAAAUGCUUGGAGCUCUGCUGAUACUUUUUCACUACUUUGCAUGGGGAUUGGAGAGGAUUGGAAGGAAUUGGGAGGGAUUAAAUCCCAACAAGUCAAAAUCCCCCUCAAUCCCUUUGGGAAGGGGAUUAACGAACAAGGCCUGAAGGUACAGUGUGCUUUUGGUUUCUCCAUGUAGUUCUUUACCAUAAAUACACUUGUGAAAUACAAUCUGUGAUCUGAGAA